AAAUUAGGGUUCAUUGAUUCGAUCACGGAAGAGGAGAGAGGAGCUCUGAAUCUACUAUGGAGGCUGCGAAAGAAAGAGCCGGCUUGCUUGACAAGAUCCUUCCUCCGGCGUUAGCAGAUGCCGGCCUCGAAGAUUGUGCUCUGCCGCCUGAUUCUAUACAGGAAGCGUUUCGCAAAGCCGCAGACGCCGUGAAAUCGCGCGCGGCGUCGCUUUUCGAGCACGACGACGACGAGGAAGAAGGAGGCGGCGGUUGCGUAGCUGAUCCGCGGCCGGGAACGAAGGAGGCGAAGCCAGUUCUCGGAGGUUCCGAUACGAUCGUCGUAGGCGGAGACGAUGGAAGGGAUUCUGGGCCGUGUCUGGUCGGAAAGGGCAACGGGAAGAUGGAAGAUGCGUUGGUGGUGGCGGGGGGAGGAGGAGAAGAAGGGAAAAGUUGCGGUGAUGGUUUGAGAGAUGUAGACGUUGAAGGUGUUGAGAGCAGCAGGGAGGAGAAGGAUCAGAGUGAGGAAGACGAGGAAGAGGAGAAGAAGAAGCCGAUUUUGGUUGAAGGAUUUGUCUGAGAGUGCUCACAGUGUUUCCACGAGUCUGUGUAUAUAAAUAAAAGUAUUAGACUUUAGCAGCGUUUUGCCUCUAAAAGUCUUUAGCUUUGUCUCUCCAUUGGCAAUGGUGGCAAAGCUUUAUGUAUCAGCAUGUUAAACUGGAUGAAAUACGAUCUCUUUUUGACUUA